AUGGUUACCUUUAACUGUGAAGUAUGCAACGCGACGGUUCCAAAGAAGAAUACUGAAAAGCAUUAUUAUCGCUGCCCAGACGCGUAUUUUACAUGUAUUGACUGUAGCACCACAUUCGAUGAUGGUGUAAGCUAUAAAAAGCAUACACAGUGCAUUACUGAGGAUGAAAAGUACCAAAAGGCAUUAUAUAAGGGCAAGAAGGCCAAAAAUCAACAGCAAGAGGAGAAGCCCAAGCCUAAAAAGACUGAAACGUCUGAAAAGCCGGAAAAGUCUAUAAAACCUGCAAAGUCUGCUAAGAACACUGAGAAGGCAUCUUCCGCUCCGGCCAAGAAAAGCCCAUUAGUCCCAGGAACUUCUCUUUACAAGGUCCUCAAGGGUAUGAAGAGCAAGCAAGAUAAGAAGGAGCUUCUCAAGCGCCUCGAAGUCACCAGCGAGGGCUCCAUUAUACUUACAGACUCAAAAUAA